AUGAUUCUGUGGUUAUUACUUGCUUUGGCGACGACCGUACAUGGUGCGUCCAUUCCACCACAGCCAGUUAUUCCGACGGCAAGCGCCUGCCUGCAAGGCUGUUUCUCAACGGGGAGCAUCGUAAACGCCGCUUUCGAUCUGCUCAACUUCAGGAGCAUCGCUGUCGACAUCGAGAAUUUCUGCAAUUUCAACUCAGCAUUGCUGAAGUGCGGUCGAGAAUGUCCAGCAGAGCAGAUUCCCGAAUUGGAAGCCAGGACCCAUGCCAGUUCAUACAUCUGUAACAACAAAAUAGAAGAAUUCCGACUGGUAUCGGCAUGCUUGGAAGGAGCCGACGACGUCACCUCAGUAUGUGCAUCAGAAUGCGGAAUAUCAACAGACGUUCCGUUCCGUCUGGACUCAUCGCCUGCUGCUUCAGUAAAUCCGGCAGUGUUCCUUGACGGUGUUGCAGGAACGUGCAAAAAAGAAAUCUGCGUGCUGAGAUGCUCCCAGAAGGGUCUCAACAAAGAAUGUGCCGGUGCCGGUGACCUCUUCAAGGACAUGGCCAAGCAACAAGUGAGUAGUGGAAUCGAGACAUUGACCGAGGCAUCAUCUGAUGAAAAUGCUACCACUAUACAUUUCAUGGCCGAGAACUACUUGAAAAAUUUGCCGAGUGAAUGCGCCUUUUUGAAGGACAUCGACGAAUUCGAAGAGGUAAUGAAACCUGAAGAGAGCUCGACCCAGGCAGUUUCCACAGAACCAUCUUCAACUUCUUCUUCAGAACAGACGACGGCAGAAGGUGUGCUUGAGAAAGAUGAAGAACUGGCAACCAUCGACUUCAUGAAGGAGGCAACGCCAAAAGUGGUCGAGGAGGUGCCAGCUGAAACUGUGAACACGCCAGUUGCUCAUGACGAAGAACCCACCACGAUGGCACCCGUCCAAGAAGGUGAAUCUGCAUUGGAAUCUCAUAGCGAUGCCACUAGCCAUGUCACCAUCCCUCUGCCAGAUUUACACGAGGAGGAAGAAGAAGUAGUGAAGUCCUUGGAUGAGACGACUCCUGUAGCCGAAGUGACUGAAGCACAAAGCAGAGAGACGACAGAUGAAGAAGUUAAGGUGAAAGCUCUUCUCCGAUUUGUUUUAAAGACGGUAACGUCACCUGCUCCAACGGAGCCUGUGAUCGUCGUGGACGAUAUUCCAAGUGACGCUGAUGAGAACAGAGUUCAAGUAGGUACCAAACAGGAAGUGGUAAGUUGGCUGUUGAUGAUGUUCCGAAUCGAAUGA